UCCGUGGCACCGUUUCAUCAUGAUGAAAACAUUAAAAACGGUGAGUGCUUCAAAGUGCUGUUCCAGAGGCCUGAUGAUUUGUCCUGCCAAUCUGCCUUCCGGCAUCUCGCCCAGUCCUGAAAUGAACACGUUUCUCUUCGCAGGCACCCACGUCUAUGAAGUCUGUCCUGCAGGCUGCCUGGCUGCUCACAGUGGCCGUGGGCAACCUCAUUGUAGUUAUCAUCGCAGAGGCGAGAUUCUUCACUGUCGCGUCGUCCGAAUCGUUCAUGUACAGCGGCCUGAUGACAUUGGACAUGGUGGUGUUUGGCGUGAUGGCCUGCUUCUACAAGUACAUCGAGCCAGGUUCUGCAUGCGAGAAGAUGCCGCCGGUCUCGGAAGGAGACACCAAGAUGUAAUGAUGUGAAUAAAUUUUUAAUUUUUUUUCAAUUCA